UCGAUUAUAACGUCAUUGCUCAAAUCCACGUGGCUAGGAAAAAAAAGAUUUUUCUCCAAUAAAUAUUUAAUUUUUUGAUUCCUCUUUCAAAUUAAAAGUUGAACAUAUGAAAAUAUCCUCGGUUAAAAUUGAAGAACUUGUAAAAUAAUGGUAUAUAAUAACUUGUCGCCUGAAAGGUAUACAAUCAACAAUACAUUUUUUUAGUGUGCGGAGUUGUGUGAGGUUAACAACCUUCCAAUUUUGGAUUUUGGCGAGUUUCAUUUAAUUUGAGGCACACUUUCUCAUAAACAUUUCAAAGAAAAAGAAUUUUUGCAAAUAGUCUAUUUAUAAAGAUAUAUAAACGAACUGCAAGUCACUAUAAAGCUAAACAGUGAUAUGAACAAAGCAUUAUUUUAAUUAUCUGUCAUUAUUUUCGACUGAACCUGAACUGUGUACAAUACAGUAUACAAAAACUCUCAGAGAGUAUGGAAACAUAAGAAUACAAAUUAUUCACAAAAAUUUAAGUGCUUAAUUAAUUCAAGAUAUCAAUUUAGUUCGUAGUUGAAAAAAAAGGAUAAAAAGAAAUGAAGGUAACAGUAACAACUUUGACGGAUUUCAUAUUCGUAUUGGAUGUAUCAGAAGAUUUGGAGUUAGAAAAUUUUAAGGCAUUUUGUGAAAUCGAAUCUGGAUUUAAAGCAAACGAAAUUGUGAUCGCUUUUAAUGGAAGGCCAUUGAUGGAAAACAAGAAAUCGCUCAAAGAACACGGGAUUUCAGAUGGUGAUGCUGUUAUUCUUCAGCAUAUGCAGAGUACCUCCGAAAGUAGUCUGGAUACUCAAGGUAGUUUAGAUUUCAGUAACAUCCAAAUUCCGAAUAACAAUGCUACAAGAAAUCGAGCAGAAGAUGAUCCUGUUCUUAUAAGGGAAAUGUUUCUAGCUAAUCCAGAUCAGCUUGCACUUUUGAAACAGAAUAAUCCCAGGUUAGCUGACGCUCUGCUUAGUGGAAAUAUAAAUACGUUCGCUAAGGUUCUUCAGGAACAAGUAAGGGCCAGGCAAGAACGCGAAGAACAAAGACUGAGGAUGGUGAACGCGGAUCCGUUUGAUACAGAAGCACAACGUCUUAUUGCUGAAGAAAUUAGACAGAAAAAUAUCGAGGCAAACAUGGAGGCAGCUAUGGAGUACAACCCUGAAUCGUUUGGUACCGUCGUCAUGCUUUAUAUUAAUUGUAAGGUCAACGGGUAUCCCGUGAAGGCGUUUAUAGAUUCGGGUGCCCAAACCACCAUUAUGUCGAGCCGUUGCGCAGAAAGAUGCAACCUGAUGCGCCUGGUCGACAGCCGAUGGGCCGGCAUAGCCAAAGGCGUCGGCAUCCAAAAAAUCAUCGGCCGAAUUCACAUGGUACAAAUCCAAAUAGAAAACGUCUUUCUGACGACCAGUUUCUCCGUGCUGGAGGAGCAACCGAUGGACAUGCUGCUCGGAUUGGACAUGCUUAAAAGGCAUCAGUGCUGCAUAGAUCUCAAAAAUAAUAUUUUAAGAAUCGGUACGACCGGUACCGAGACGCAGUUCCUACCCGAAGGCGAAUUGCCGGAUUGCGCGCGAUUGAGUGGGUCAGAUGAUGAUGUUACGUCGAAAUCCAGAAAAGAACAAGAGGACAAAGACUUACAGACUGCUAUUAAGAACAGUCAAGACAGAACAAAGAGAAACCGUGAUUCCCAGUCCUGUUCCCACAAUCCUGAAUGUAUUCACUAUAAACGAAACCGAAAAGCUUCCAAUUAUUGAGUAACUUUGUUUUAAAUGUACCCGCCCUAUUUAAAUAUUUGUUGCAACAUAAAUGAAAUGAAAAUAAAGAAAUGGUUCAGUU